GGAAGAUGGAAGAUGUUUGUGUUACAGUCUGUAUGCUUCUGGAUAUUUCCCUUUCGAUCUGAUGGACAUGAUCUGACUGACCAUCAUCAUGUUUUCAUAUUCCUACGCUCUAAUCACUUGAAUCUCUUUAUUGAUGAAGCUGGUGUAGCUCAACUUGCAUCACCAUCAAUCAUGAACUUUAGGUUACUCAGCUCGGUCUUGUCCAAACACCGAACAGCGACACAACAUUAAUAACCAAAAUAUGAUUCCAUUCUUCUUGAAAGCAAUAUCCCGAGUAUUCCCAAUGUCAAUUCCCCAUUUCUCCGAGAUCGCCGAUCUCGGACUACCGAACUCUGAGAUGCGAAUGACGCAAAAGAGGACCUCGUGAGUAUUGGCGGCCCAUGCAUGCAACGUCGGCUAAGUAUGGAAUCAAUUGUCACAUUUUCUAUUCUCGACCAAUGGAUCAGAAGCUGUUGCUUAUUUGAUCUUGAUCAAGAUGCUGUUCGUUCUGGUGCAGGGUAGUCUAGUUGACGAUUAUGUCAUCGGCGCGUCGAUGUAAUUAUCGUCAAAUCCACUCUACGCGUCUCCCUCAAGCAUCACCAAAAGAUAUAACACAGUAAAGAUGUCGUACUACGACAUUGACUCCAUCCUCACGGAUGCAGAGAAAGUCCCCUGCCACUUCGAAAUCGACGUUCGUGACCUCGGCCAUCUCGACAACUCCCCCCACGGCCUCAAAGCCCAAACCCCUCUAACCCUCCCCCUCUGGCUCGCCGAAAUGCUCGCCCUCGCCUCAACACCCAACUCCUCCGCUCCCCUGACCCUCAACCUCCCCCCAUGCCUCUCAACAACCGUCCUCGCCGCUCUGAAAGCAGACCCGCGCGCCGUUCCCCUCCGCGACCAAAGUCCUCACUUCUACGGUGUCGGCGUCAAAAUGCUAGAGUUGUUCGAUGAGAAGGAGAUAGCGGAGGUUUUGAGAAAGACGUUUGUCGUGAGGGCGGGUGAGGUUGGGCUGCACGCGAGGAAGGCUGAUGAGGCGGUGGGGGGCAAUGGGGAGGAGUUUUUGAGGGGCUUGGAGGAGUGGGAGAGGGGGUUGUUUAGGAGGGGACAUGAGGGUGUUAAGGGGGCGAAGGAGUGGACUGAUAAAGUUAAGAAGACAUGAGUUGGAGGAUUUUAAGAUACCCAUGAGUUGCCGUGAGGCACUACGCGUCUACGAACACAAAAUGCAAAGACAUGAACCAUUAUCUUCAGUCAGCUUACAAGAAGCUUCACAACUGAGAGAGAAUAUUCAGGG